UGUCUUGCCCUGGGAAUGUCUCGAGAUGCUGUAAAGUUUGGAAGAAUGUCCAAGAAGCAGAGGGAUAGUCUCUAUGCUGAGGUACAGAAACAUCAGCAGCGGCUGCAGGAGCAGCGCCAGCAACAGAGCGGCGAGGCCGAAGCCUUGGCCCGAGUCUACAGCAGUAGCAUGAGCAAUGGCUUAAGCAACCUGAACAAUGAAACGGAUGGCACUUAUUCAAAUGGGCAUGUCAUUGACUUGCCGAAGUCAGAGGGUUAUUACAGUGUGGAUUCUGCUCAACCCUCCCCAGAUCAGUCUGGCUUAGACAUGACCGGAAUCAAACAAAUCAAGCAAGAACCUAUUUAUGACCUCACUUCUGUACCAAACUUGUUUACCUAUAGCUUUUGCAACAGCGGACAAUUAGCUCCAGGGAUAAUCAUGGCAGAAAUAGAUCGAAUUGCACAGAACAUAAUUAAGUCCCAUUUGGAGACGUGUCAGUAUACAAUGGAGGAACUACACCAGCUAGCCUGGCAAACUCACACAUAUGAAGAAAUCAAAAUAUACCAGAGCAAGUCAAGAGAAGCAUUAUGGCAGCAGUGCGCAAUCCAGAUCACCCAUGCAAUUCAGUAUGUGGUGGAAUUUGCAAAACGGAUAACGGGGUUCAUGGAACUCUGUCAGAAUGAUCAAAUUCUACUUCUCAAAUCAGGCUGCUUGGAAGUUGUUCUAGUGAGAAUGUGCCGUGCCUUCAAUCCACUCAACAACACUGUCUUAUUUGAAGGAAAAUAUGGAGGAAUGCAAAUGUUCAAGGCUUUGGGUUCUGACGACCUUGUGAAUGAAGCAUUUGACUUUGCAAAGAAUUUGUGUUCAUUGCAGUUGACCGAGGAAGAAAUUGCUUUGUUUUCAUCUGCUGUUCUAAUAUCACCAGAUCGAGCUUGGCUCUUAGAACCAAGGAAGGUCCAGAAACUUCAGGAAAAGAUUUAUUUUGCACUUCAACAUGUGAUUCAGAAGAAUCAUCUUGAUGAUGAGACUUUGGCAAAGUUAGUAGCCAAGACACCAACCAUUACUGCACUUUGCAACCUGCAUGGAGAAAAACUGCAGGUAUUUAAACAAUCUCAUCCUGAUAUAGUGAACACGCUUUUUCCUCCGUUAUACAAGGAACUGUUCAAUCCAGAUUCUACUGGUUGCAAGUGAAGGGAAAGUGAAAGCUCUUGGAAUGCAUCGCUGA